UAAAGGUAUCCUUUCCCCGCGUCCAGUUGAGAACCAGUCGCGGGACUUACAACUAGCAAACACCCGAAACAUCUUCAGCCUUCAAGAUGGUAUGGGAACCUUCAGCGUGUUGUGGGAUCGGCAGGAGGACAGCCGGUUACGUCAUAGCCUCCAUUACAGUCAUUUACUGUAUAUUUGACUUGGUUCUCUCCAUUUACUACUUGUCCAACGGGCACUUCAAUGAUAUGAUGGAUGCCCGCUGCAAUAAGCUGCCAGGUGAUGAGUACCAAACCAGAAAGUGUAUUGACGUAGCUCAUAAAACUUUUAAUGUACUAAUAUCAGUUCGAUUGGUGAUGGAGAUUCUUCAUAUAAUCUUUAGCUUCCUCCUCAUGCAUGGCAUCAGAAAGAAUAACCCACGUCUGAUGGUUCCCUACCUGGUGAUGAUGUUGAUUGCUAUCGUCUUGUUGACACUGUUUUCUGCAAUCAUGGUAGUGUUACUCCUGUUUUUGAGCGUCACGAUUGCUCUGGUAGUGGCUAUCGUCUUUGGAGGAAUUAUUUUCAUCAUGACUUACUUCAACCUCGUGGUUCGAGCCUACUACAAGGAGAUAAAUGAACCUUUAAAGAAUAACUUCAAGACACUGAAGGCUUAAAGGAAAAAACAGCUCAGAACGCGGAAUCCUGGACUACGUGGACGAGCAUCGCCAAGAAAAGGAUGUGAAACUUGAUUUUUAAGCUUGAUCUCAUAUUAAAUUUGGAGAUUCUCAUAUAUUUUGUAAAAAAAAUAGACUUAUCUGUAAAUCCAAAGAUAUACAAUUAUCUAUUAAUGAAUGAUUUUAUCCUUCAGUUCAAUUACUAGGAUAAUAUAUUUAAGAACCAUCUCAUCCCUACUAGUACUAUGCAUCUGUUACAUGGUUUAGCAAAUACUGCUGAAACGUUUGCUACUUGUCAUCAGUGUUUUGUCAAUAUUUAACAAAUAAACACGCCAAAUGCA